UCACACAAUGGAUUGAGAAAUUAAAUUUCCCAAUAAACACGGCUUUUCACUAGUUUUUCAAUGAAAACUCCGGAGCUUGAGAAAAUUCAAAGCGCGCUUCGCUUGUAAACAAACAACAAUCAGCUGAUUUUUGACAGUUUGAUUGGAAAAAUAUUUUGAGAAAGAUAUUUUCAGAAUUGUAAAGUUUUUUGUGAAAAAUACUUGAAAAAUAAAAGGAAAACAUGGGAAAAUUCAAUGAAGAGCAGCUACGGACGGUGCUGGAGUUUAUGACAACAAAUCCAGUGAUGCUGCAGAAGAGGAAUCGCACAAAUAACAAAUCCCGGAUGAGCUUGUGGAAGGAACUGGCGGAGAAGCUAAACACACAGGGUCCACCGUAUAAAUCAGAGAUUGAUUGGAGACGUUCGUGGGCAAAGAAGAAAUUCGAAAUGGGACGUGUGAAGAAGCGUCGGGUGUCCCUGUAUGCGGAUCUCGAUAAUUUACUCGCCAAGGCAUCAGAAAUGCAUGAUUCCCGCUCUGGGGAGGAUUCGGAUGAGGAUUUCGAGGUGGUUAACGUUAAACGUGAACCAAGGGAUGAGGAUCCACUGCAAAUUGGCAGAAACAUCCCGAAGGUACGGCAGAAGGAAGCACCGAGAAGAGAGACAGAUGGGAGGCCAAAGAUACCCAAAAUGGAAGUUCUGGACACGGGAGAGAAUACAAUGUUCGAUGACAAUCCCAACGGAGUAUCGGAGGAUCAAACUUUCCCCCAAGUCACAGAGCCAAAGCGUCGGAAGCAGAAGCCCCCAAAUCCCGCCACAUAUGCCGAAUCGAGUAGCUCAUCAGUGUCUCCGGAACCCCAAGAGCGUAGCAGGAAGGUACGCGGGAAGGGCGCAGCGAGUGAACCAGAGAACAGCGUGGAGCUCUUCUUCAAAUCCCUGGCCAUGGAGGUGAACAAGGCGGGUCUGUCGUCUGAGAAGAUCUUCAAUCUUGAGUGGAGUGUGCUCAAAGUGGUGUCGGAAAAAAUCAAAGAAUUCACCGAAGCUGAGGUGCAACCGGCUAAUGAUUAGAGGAGCGGGGGCAAUGUGAUGGGAAAACCCGCGACAACAGGUUUGACGAUCACACACCGAUCGUGGGCUAUGCAAAAAUUUGUUUUUAAUAGAUAUGAUUCCUUGUUGAUCUCGCACGAGAUUAAAUCACAUCUCUCUCUCUAAAUGAAAAAAAAAAACUCUCUGGCGGAAAUGGGGAUCGCACACACGAGGCGAUUUAUAGAGAUGAAGGAGAAUCAUUCUUGUUUUGUUUCAAUUUUUUUUGUUCUUCUUCAAAAAGUCAAGAGAAAUUGACGAUCGCGAAGAAUAAAUAACGAUGUGCGAAGAAA